UAUAAAAGGCUGAGAGUUGAGUAUGACUACAGUGUGUCAUGAAGAGUCCAGCAGCAUGUCUGCUAAGCAGGACUAUGACUGUGUGGUGAUCGGGGCUGGAGUCCAGGGCUCCUUCACGGCCUACCAGCUGGCUAAACACAACAAGAAGACUCUGCUGCUGGAACAGUUCGUUCUGCCUCACACCAGAGGGAGCUCCCAUGGUCAGACUCGCAUCAUACGUAGAGCCUAUGAGCAGGACAUUUACACGCAGAUGAUGGGGGAGGGCUACCAGCUGUGGGCCCAGCUGGAGAAGGAGGCCGGAGUGACGCUGUACAGACAAACUGGACUGUUAGUCAUGGGACCAGAAACCAGUGGGGAUUACCCGCUGGUCAAGAACACCUUGUUGAAGAACAAGGUUCCCACGGUGAUUCUGAGCCGUGAUAACUUCCACCAGCACAUCCCCAACGUGGUUCUGUCUGAGGGCCACGGCGCCCUGCUGGAUGUAACCGGCGGCGUUCUGUUUGCAGACCGGGCCCUGAAAGCGGUUCAGGAUCAGUUUCAGAAGUUGGGUGGGGUCAUACAAGACAACGAGAAGGUUACAGAAAUCAAGCCUGGUCCUGUUGUCAAGGUGAUGACCUCUGGAGGAGUUUAUCAAGCGAGAAAUGUGGUGAUCACUGCUGGACCCUGGACCAAUAAGCUCCUGGCUCAUACUGGUUUCCAGUUACCACUGGAGACUGUUAAGAUCAAUGUGUGCUACUGGAAAGAGAAGACUCCUGGGACUUAUGGUGUGAAGCAGCAUUUUCCAUGCUUUGUGGUCACUGGGAGUUUGGAGAGCAAAGAACACAUUUAUGGCCUCCCGUCGAAUGAAUACCCAGACUUGGUGAAGAUAUGCUACCACAUAGGCAGCAAGACUGACCCGGAUUACAGAGACUUGCAGACGGACACGUCUGACAUCGAUAUCCUGAAGCGAUACGUUUCCAGAUGCAUACCCGGCCUGGUUCCUGAGCCUGCUGUGGUGGAGAGCUGCAUGUAUACACUAACACCUGAUCGCCACUUUGUGUUGGAUUACCAUCCGAACUACAGCAACAUCGUCAUUGGAGCAGGAUUCUCAGGUCAUGGCUUCAAGUUCGGCCCAGUCAUUGGUAAGCUCCUGUGUGAGCUCAGCCUGGGAGAAGUGCCCUCCUUUGACCUUUCAUCUUUCAAAAUCAGGCGUUUCCAGUCACACAUGAAAUCAGCUUUGUAGGAUCGGGUCUGGAUUCAUGAAGCCUUCCUCCAACUCUUUCAUUCAGUUUACAUGAUGUCACCAGUUUUAGAGCUCCUAAAGACAAGGUGUGUUUAACAGCCAGCCAUUUACACUACAUGAAUUUCUCAUUUACUUUGCUUACUUUAUAGUGACUUCACCAUCUAAAGUUUAAACCUUAGUAACCACCUGAAGAGGAUCUUAUUACAAAGCAAAAACACUUUGAGUCAAAUAAUUUCACAAGUGAAGUUGUUUUUCUCUUCCUAUCACUUUUAAAUUUUGACAUUCAGACCUUUCCAUUUUUAGUCUGACUUGAUAUACGAGAAUAAAAUUGUAUCUGAAUGAAACUUCUUCCAACAGUAACUGUUGAUGUAGAUCCUCAGUAAUUUCAUGUGUGUCAACAGAAAGAUUUUCUUAUUUUACUUUUUACAUGCAAGACAUACCAGCUGUUCUCAGAGCUUCCUCUUGGUAACAAGCUGCUGGAGCUUUCCUUUUCUCCCAGGAGACAUUCUCCUGAGUUACCAUUCAUUAUUUUUAUGUGUGAAAAUAAUCAAUGAGGAAGACUCUUUAGAAAGCUGACAGCAAUAACUCGCUGAGUCAGAAAAAGCGCUUCAAGUCAAUAACUAGAAUUUAUUUACAAUAUUGCAAAGAUAAAAUUAACAAGUGGUCAGUUUUUCAGUGAAGAAAAGAAACGAGAGUUUUCCAAAGCUAAAAUGAAUCAUACAUGUUUUGUAUAUAAAUACAGUGAAUAAGGGGUUAGCCAAAAAAAAAAAAAAGAGGUGCAUGUCAGUAAAAAUACGUUCACUUUUGUGUCGAUAUCAGAUAUAUUAAGAAAGCUUCCAAAAAUCACAUAUUGUAAAAUUCCACCCAAAUCUCUCAGACAGACGACAUGGACUCGCCUUUGACCGGACCCAAAACGACUCUCACACUGAAACUCAUUACCACACGUCAAGUAACUGAACACAUGUUCAGGUUUCAGAAUAGAUUUUCUUGUUGCUCAAAUUAAAAUGAGCAAAAUGUGACAUAGUAAAGCAACUCCACCAAACGGCUUAAACAUGAUUUUGGUUCCACAGACUGUGGGUUAGUUAGGAAUGAUGGAGACGUGUGGAUCGUCGACGCCAGAACCAAUAAAAGAUCCAAACAUGAUGCUUGGAGUGGGAGCAGCGGGUCUGCCUCCUGGUCACAGAGAGGUUGAUCAGGCCGCUCUGCCUCAGCCUCCCACUCCGGCUCUGUACACUAAAUAUUUUCCAGUGUCUCAUUAAUCCUUUCAAUCAUUUACAUGCCGUUACCUUAUUACACAUUUACACCAUUUCAAUAUACAACUCUGACUCAGUCAUGUUGCCGAGUCAGCAGAAAGAUGACAUCAAUAAGUUUUGUUUUUUCUUUGUAUUUUUUAACUUAAAUUAAGUAGUUUAUAGGCAGUUUUAAAAACAUCAGUAUGAAAGCAGUAAAGCAGAUGCAGUAAUGUGUGAUUCAUUCACGCACGCACGCACACACAGCAGAAAUGUGAAGCUAAAAUGAUGUCAGAAUCAGGAAGUACCAUCUGGAACUGGUCAUGUGAUCAAGUAGUGGUUACUGUGAUGGGAAGGGGUUCUCUGUUUGUGCAGAUCAGUGCUUCCAGCAUAUGAAUGAGGCUGUCGCAGGGCUGUCUGUGUUUUAAGAACCUUUUCUGGUUACUAGUUAGGAGUGAUGCACUAAACUCAAAGGGUUGUUCAGCUCAUUUAAACACACUGGAACAUAAAACAGGGUCUUACUGGGGAUUUUUAUGUUGAUGAUCUAAUUCCUGAAUUAGUCCACUUUACUGAGUAAAUUAUAAAUGUGUUGGAGUGGGAUUUCACUUGAACAAUUCAGGAAGUUAAACAGUUUGAGUAACACUAUCAUGCUAAGUGGUUGGUAGCACAUGCACACUGCCAGACUACUGCUGCACCCACAUGGUGACAGGUUGCCAUAGAGCUUAAGUAGCUGCCCUGGCAACGACAAGCUGUUCCAUGGCUGUGUGUGGAGGUGAAGGUGUUCAUGUGAAGAAGCACCAGAGGAAAACCAGACAUGGCCUUGUUCUUGCUGCAGAUAAUGAGCAUUUCAUGGUGUCCCACCCAGACUGAACUCCAUCAAUUCUUUGUUUAAAAAAACAAAAAAAACCAAAAACAAAUAAAAACUUAACAUUUUGCUUUCAUACCUGGGCUGUAUUAUCGCUUAUUAGCAAAAAACAAAACAAAAA